CUGCAGCGAUAAUAAUAAUAAUUAAAAAAAAAAAAAAAAAAGCAAUACACCCACGGAUUUGUUCGGGACUUUUCUGUGUGUUUCCCCUGCCUCGGACACAGAGCUGUAACCUGCUUCUCCAUUUUUAAAGCCCUCCUCAGCUCCACUGUAAAUAGACAAAACAACAGAAUGUCAACACAUUUCAGGAGCGGACCAGCCUUCGGACUUUCUGCCGAGGUCAAGAGUAAGCUUGCAGGGAAGUACGACCCCCAGAAGGAAGAGGAGCUGAAGCUGUGGAUCCAGGAUGUGACCGGCAAAAGGAUCGGGGACCACUUCAUGGAGAGCUUGAAGGAUGGAGUCGUGUUAUGCGAACUCAUUAAUGUUCUCCAGCCAGGUUCUGUGAGAAAGAUCAACACCUCCAGUCAAAACUGGCACCAGCUGGAAAACAUAGGGAAUUUCGUCCGUGCAAUCACAGAGUACGGCCUGAAGCCACAUGACCUUUUCGAAGCCAACGAUCUGUUUGAGAAUGUCAACCACACUCAGGUCCAGAGCACACUCAUCGCUCUGGCUGGAAUGGCCAAGUCCAAAGGUUUCCACUCCAAGUACGACAUGGGAGUGAAGUAUGCUGAGAAACAGCAGCGCCGCUUCGCUCCAGAGAAGCUCAGGGAGGGACGCAACAUCAUAGGCCUGCAGAUGGGCACCAACAAGCUUGCCAGCCAAAAGGGCAUGACCUCCUACGGCACACGACGCCAUCUGUAUGAUUCUAAAAUGGCCAUGGAAAACCCACUGGACCAGUCUACUAUCAGCCUACAGAUGGGCACCAACAAGGGAGCCAGCCAGGCUGGCAUGACCGCCCCAGGAACUAGGAGGCACAUCUUUGACAAGAAGCUGGAGCUGGAGAACUGUGACACCACCACCAUCUCUCUGCAGAUGGGCACAAACAAAGUGGCCUCUCAGCAGGGCAUGACCACCUACGGUCUGCCCCGCCAGGUCUACGACAACAAGUACUGCAGCAACCCCACCGAGGCCUACUAUAACAACGGGAGCGAGGUGGAGUUUGAUGGCUACAACCAGUACUCUGACUAAACCACGGACAGCCUCACCCCCUCCCUCCUCUUUGCUUAACUCCAGACAACCAACCGCGACUGUCUUUGUGACGAGCAAACCUUCCAGACUGUUAUUUAACACUGAUCGACAUCAUUGUCGUCUUCGUUCCCCGGCUUUUUCUAAACAUACUUUUACUCUUAGGAAUUUAUUGUUUGUGUUUCCAUGAGUAAAAUAAAAUAAAAUGGCGUUUACACUGACCUUAUGUCAAAAAUUUCUAGCAGUGGCCAACUUCUGUGUCUCAUCUCUUUGAUGAAUCUUAUUACCGCUAAAAAGACCCAGAACACACUUAAUGACUAUUGCUAUUUAUAGAUUUUUUUUUUUUUACAGCUUUUUAUACUUGCAUUGUAGAGAUUUGUAUCUGUUUAUACCCCUCGCCUCACCUCCCUACCCUUCCAGUCCAGUUUGAAAACUGUCAACACAACAACAGAAUUUGAAAGUCCUGUGAAAGGAAACAAGUGACCGUGUUGGUGCUAUUGAACUUUGACCCAGUUGGAACGGAGUCCACAUCCACAUUGGAGCUCCGCCGGCUCUGGGAUUCAACUCCUCGGGAUUGACACAGAAGUUCCAGGUUUAGAGGCUGACCGGGGGCGGACGAUGCAGGAGGACUUGUAGUUUUGUGCAGACAUUGCUUUGUUUUGUGAGCACCUGCGCUGACAAAUAUGUCAUGUUCACGAGCCUGCCAAAUUACCCUUCACGCCAUUUUACGGGGCUGAUUUUAGAAUGUUUUUUUGAGACAGUAUUUAGAAAAAGUAGAGAGGUCUAUCAGACAAUGCUUUUUAUAAAGAGCAAAUAUAGGUGAUACAUUGUGAUAUCUAGUUUGAAGUUGGGGUAAACUUAGUCACCGGUAGUUUUUGUCCUGUUGUUUUUUCUUCCCUCCUUGUGCAAACAUUUUGCCUUAAGCCUCAUUGACCUUUGGCUUCAGUGCUGUUACUCUAUUCGCACUUUACCUGUCUUCACCUUGUGUGCAGUAAACAGUGGUAGGAUGUAAGUACAUUUAUUCAGAUACUGUAAAAUAGAAACGUAUGGUACUUUACUUGAGUGUUCCCAUUUGGUGUCACUUAAUACUUCAACUGCACUGCAAUUCAGAUCUGAAUAAUGUACUUUUCACUCAACUACAGUUAUAGUUACUUUAUAAAAUAAGGAUUUUACAUACAAACAAGUUUCUAAAAUAUGUUGCAAGUAUUAAUAAUAUAACCCUCACAGGGGCCUUUGUCUGCAUUCAGUAUUUUAGUUUUCAUACCAUAAAGUACAUUUAGCUAAUAAUGCUUAUGUACUUUUACUUAACAGUUCAAAUGCAGGAUUUAAGAGUUUUUUUACCUUUGUUUUGCUAAUUUCACUCAAGCUAAGUAUCUGAGUACUUCAUCCACCGCUGUCAGUAAAUGGCAAUAUCAAAGUAGACUCUGGCACUUGCUGGUAAUUGCUAACUGAAUAAUGCUAAAUGUAGAGAUGAGAUUCUCGUUUUGAAAUAUCCGUGUCAUGCUGUUAACCCACCGAAUGUCUUGAAUGUAAUGUUAUUGUAAGGUCAGAGGUGUCACUAGCUGUUACACGAUUCACUUUCAGCACAUAAGAAGGCAGAAAUGUUCAUUUUCAAAGUUAUAGACAGACCUGUGAUCUAAUGUUACACAUCAAAAAAUCUGCAUUUCUUUGUAAAAUAUGUAGAUGUACUGGUUUUAUGGUCAGAAUUAUCUGUUGAAUGAGCCUAAGGUUUGUGUUCAUGUGCUGAAUGGCUCAAUAGAUUGGAGCCCUUGAACUUUUCAUUGUUAUUCAGCAGCCAUGAUUUAGACCAUGCAGCAGUGUGCCAUCUAGUGGGGGAAAAGCACAUGUACGUUUAAUUCAUUUUUUAAAUCCAUGAAUCAUCUAAAUGUUUUAUUCAGUCAAAUAUUGGAAUGUUUUUUUUAUUUUUAACAGCACUUUCAUUUAUUAUAAUUUCUUCCCUGUGUUAUCCAGAAUGGCAACAAUGAGUAUAGGAACAUUUCACCUUAAUGUGUUGGCUUUGUUUCAACAUUGUUCAAUCUUUGCUAACCUCUUGAUUUCUUUUUCUAUAUGCAUUUCACUUAACAUGACAUUUGUGCAAUAAAAAACACUUGAAAAA